GCUUCCAUCGGGGAAGCCGGACAGGCGCGUCCUAUGGGCCUAUAGAGCUUACGUAACAAGAGGCGGCGACGGAUCAAUGUUUCCCCGCACUUUCUUGCCCGCCCCUCGUCAUCCCGCGGCGUCAACCUCAAAAUAUUUUGCGCAAUCGCAACAAGACGCAAAAGAGCGCAAACAACCUCCCAAAAAAGGCCCAGACCCCGAACCGACCUUCAACAUGUCUACCACCGUGGAAAAGAUCAAGCAAAUCGAGGAUGAAAUGGCCCGAACCCAAAAAAACAAAGCCACGUCGUUCCAUCUUGGUCAAUUGAAGGCAAAGCUUGCGAAGCUGAAGAAGGAGCUUCUGACGCCGUCUUCCAGCGGUGGUGGUGGCGGUGGUGUCGGUUUCGAUGUCGCUCGAACCGGUGUCGCUAGUGUUGGGUUUAUCGGCUUCCCAUCUGUGGGCAAGAGUACACUUAUGAGCAGGCUCACGGGCCAACAUUCCGAGGCUGCGGCAUAUGAGUUCACAACGCUCACCACAGUGCCUGGACAAGUCAUGUAUAACGGAGCCAAAAUCCAGAUUCUCGAUCUACCAGGUAUUAUCCAGGGAGCAAAGGACGGAAAGGGUCGUGGUCGCCAGGUCAUUGCCGUUGCAAAGACGUGCCAUUUGAUCUUCAUUGUCUUGGACGUGAAUAAACCAUUGACCGACAAGCGCGUCAUCGAAAACGAAUUGGAAGGAUUCGGCAUCCGGAUCAACAAGAGCCCCCCAAACAUUGUCCUCAAGAAGAAGGACAAGGGCGGUAUCAACAUAACGUCCACUGUUCCUCUGUCGCACAUCGACCACGACGAGAUCAAGGCUGUGCUAGGAGAAUACCGCAUGGCCAACGCGGAUAUUGCGAUCCGAUGCGAUGCCACGGUAGACGACCUGAUCGAUGUUAUUGAAGCGAAGAGCCGGAGUUAUAUUCCCGUCAUUUACGCGUUGAACAAGAUCGACGCCAUCAGCAUUGAGGAACUAGAUCUACUAUACAGAAUCCCGAACGCCUGCCCUAUCAGCUCCGAACAUGGCUGGAACGUCGAUGAACUGCUGGAGCAGAUGUGGGACAAGCUCAAUCUUGUGCGGGUGUAUACAAAACCAAAGGGCAAACUACCCGAUUAUUCCGCACCUGUCGUCCUUCGGUCCACGGCUUGCACUGUGGAAGACUUUUGUAACUCAAUCCACAAGACGAUUGUCGACCAAUUUCGGCAGGCGAUUGUAUAUGGCAAGUCUUGCAAGCAUCAACCACAACGCGUAGGCCUUACGCACGAGCUUGCAGACGAGGAUAUUAGUAAGUCGGAUCUCCCAUCUCGGACAAGAAAUCCCGUCGUCUGACAAAGUCUGGCCAGUUACCAUCAUCAAACGAUAAA